UAUGUGUUCUUUGGAGGUCAUGUGAGAGGAUUGUGUUGUCAUUUGUCCUCUGGCACCUCCCCAAAUUGUGUGAGAACAGAACUUUCAUGCUCAGCCCAUGGAAGAGCAUUCUCCCAAUCCAAUUCAAGAACAAAGGCCUCAUGCAGUGUGACUCAGAGCAUCCUAGGGUACAGGUAAUAAUGGGCAGGAGAAUCAAGAUUCCUCUGAACUGUCCCAGGUGAUCAAUGCUAAAGAUGGAACGGAGAAGUUUGGAAUUCGAAUGGAAUUCGAAAGCCAUGAGAGAAACCAGUCAAAGAAUUGGAAUCAGGAGAGCUCAUCUUACACUGAUACUCCGAUGCAAGACUUUCUUGCCCAAGAAGAGAAAAUAAGGAAAAAAUAUACUGGAAAAAGUGUGAAGCUAUUCAAAGGUAAAGUACAAGUAGAUGAAAACUAUUUAACCCAAAACAAAGGAGAAGAUGCUAUAAGAAGACACAAUGGAGAGAAUUACAAUGGGACUUUCAUUCUUUCUCUUGGGAAUAACUUCCUUACAGCUCAAAAAGUGAUUGACACAAAAGAGAAGCCUUAUAAAUGUUUGGAAUGCGGAAAAUGUUUUAGAACAAGCAGGCAACUUACUUCCCAUGAAAGGAUCCACACAGGGGAGAAACCAUUUAAAUGCAUGGAGUGUGGAAAGACCUUCGCUCGAAGAAGUACUCUUCUUUCCCAUAAGAUGAUCCACACAGGGGAGAAGCCAUAUAAAUGCAUGGAGUGUGGAAAGAGCUUCGCUCGAAGAAGUACUCUUCUUUCCCAUAAGAUGAUCCACACAGGGGAGAAGCCGUAUAAAUGCAAGGAGUGUGGAAAGACCUUUGCUAAUAACGGUAACCUAAGAAGACACCAAAUGAUCCACUUAGAAGAGAAACCAUAUAAAUGCAUGGAGUGUGGAAAGACCUUUGCUCUGAGCAGUGGCCUUAGAAGCCACAAAACUCACCACACAGGAGAGAAACCAUUUAAAUGCAUGGAGUGUGGAAAAACCUUUACUCGAAGAAGUAGUCUUAUUUCCCAUAAGAUGAUACACACAGGAGAGAAGCCGUAUAAAUGCAUGGAGUGUGGAAAGACCUUUGCUCAAAGAAGUAAUCUUAUUUCCCAUAAGAUGAUACACACAGGAGAGAAGCCGUAUAAAUGCAUGGAGUGUGGAAAGACCUUUGCUAAUAACAGUAACCUAAGAAGACACCAAAUGACCCACUUAGAAGAGAAACCAUCUAAAUGCAAGGAGUGUGGAAAGAUGUUUACUCAGAGCAGUGACCUAAAAAUACACAAAAAGCUCCAUACAGGAGAGAAGCCAUUUAAAUGCACAGAAUAUGGAAGGUCCUUUGCUCAUAGAUAUAAACUUAUUUCUCAUAAGAUGAUCCAGACCAAAGAAGCCAUAUAAAUGUAUAAAUGUAUGGGAUUUGGAAAGAGCUUUGCUCAUAGAUGAAAUGUUAUUUCCCAUUAGAAAUUAGGUAAAGGAAUAUUAUUGUGAUGUAGGAAUUAAAUACAAAGGGGGUUGACAAUUAGAAACAUGUUGAUAUAAUUAACAUAAAAAGUAUAAAUAAGCUAAUACAUGAA